AUGAAGCAUACAUCGAACAAGACGAUCAGGCCAAAGAGUUCCAAACCUCGUUUGAGUCCUGAGCUUUUACAGAAACGCACACAUCACUUUAAAAAACAAUUGACUCAUGCUCUUAAGAAAGCGGUUGGGUUUGAGCGUCAAAAACUUGCUCGAAGAAUUAAAAGCGCAAGAGCGCAGGAGGAGAACGAUAAGAAGUAUGAUUUUUCCAAACUCACCGAGUUUUGCUUUUAUCGAAAAGUCCUUCGUAAUAAAGAUUAUCGAAAUCUGCUCAACGAGCAUAAACCGGUAGAAUUCCCAGCAGACAUAACGAACGAUGAGGAGAAAAACGUUAUUGCACGCUUGUUAAAUUCAAAGCCUGUUUUAGAGUCCGUCGACGCUAGUUGUCGUCUUCUUGACAAAUGCAUAUCAAUAAACAAUCCGGAGGCGGGUUCCACAAAAGCAACAGAUCAGAACCUUCCAUUAAAGGCUGAAGCAGAAAUACACCCUGAGCCUCUCGGUCAAACUUCACUGAAAUCGGACAAACCAGAGACGGAAAGUAAACGAAUUGAACAAACUGAGGGCUUAACUGGGCAAAAAGAACUAGAACAGCACGAAGUUUCUAGUAAACCGUCUGUCUCAUCAAAAUAUGAUGCUUCUGUUGAUCAACCCCAUGAAAUGGAUACUAAACAUGAGACCCCUAAAGCUUCAUCACAGGAAGACGUGAAUAGGGAAAACGGCCAAGAUAUAAACAAGGAAGAUAGUGAUAUGGAAGACGAAAUGUUUACCAUUCCAGCAACGAAGUCCCUUUCCUAUAACCUCCCGGAGCUUGCUACAGGCUUCCUUGACCCAUUAGGCGAAGAUGAUGAAUUUGUCGAAAAAGAAAUGGACGAAAUAGAGAUCCCCAAAAGAAAAAACCGUCGUGGUCAACGUGCUAGACAAGCUAUUUGGGAGAAAAAAUUUGGAAAAGGUGCUAACCACAUUAUUAAAAAGAAAGAACAAGAACAGCAAGAACGAGAGGAGCGUCAACGUAAAUUUGAAGAACGUGAAGCUAAGCGUGCACGUAAAGUUGCUAUGGCUCAACAAGGCGUUGGUUCUAGAUCUUCCCAAGAAGCAGAGAAACUUCAUCCUUCUUGGGAAGCUAGGAAAAAGCAGAAAUUGCCGCCAGCAGCUCCUUUUCAAGGAAAGAAAUUUGUCUUUGAAUAA